AACCGUCUCGCCAGGCGAAAGCAAAGCUUUGCUUGUUCGUGCGCGUUUCGAAUCACAUACACCACCCACUCAUACACAUACACACACAGUACACUCCGUGACAUCCAAGCCACACACACACACGCACGCCAAAGUUUUCUACAGUGCGCGAGCGAAAUAAAUUCAUAUGAAUGAAUGGUUCUUAAAUAAACGUGUUAAUCCAAAUGCCAGCUAGGCAAUUAUGAAAUAUAACUAAUGUGAUUGGAUGGUGUUUGGCAGUGCGUGUGGGCCAAAAAGUCGUCUUUGCCAAUAUCGUCGGAUGUUUUCCAAUGCAACGGUUUUCUUCUGUAUCUGUUUUCCGCAACACCCACACCGCAAGCUAUUAAUAACUAACUAAGAGUGAAUUUUCACAUAAUCUGACUAUAUAUUCAACUUACUGCUGAACGUUUUACACUGAGCGACAAAACUACCUUCAAAAUGAUCGUACGCCAUCGCUCCCGCCGCGCGCGCAUGUGGAACAUGGGAUUAUUAUUCCUAAUCUACUACUGUGUGAGCGUCUACUCGGCGAAAGGCGAGAACAAGGAGACUCCGGAUAUUCCACUUGACGUGGGCAGCCUGCCCGAGGCGGCCGAUGCUGACUUUGAGACUGACAAUGAGAUUACCUCGCCCAAUCCUCUCCAGACUAGCGAAACGAAUGCUCCAUUGCCGGGUACAACCAUGGCCACGCCCAUACACGGCGCUGUGCCCACCUGGCGAGCAAAGCGGGAGAAUUGCACGCCGCCGGCCAUUGAGCAGUUUCCCCAACCGUUGAUGAACAAAUGGGCCCGCCAGCACGGUGGACUCAUCCUACACAUUAUCGUGGCCAUCUAUACCUUCUUUGGCCUGGCCAUUGUGUGCGACGAGUACUUCGUGGCCAGCCUGGACCGGCUGUGCGAGGAGCUUAAGCUGUCACCGGAUGUGGCGGGCGCCACGUUUAUGGCCGCCGGCAGCUCAGCUCCAGAGCUGGCCACCGUUGUCAUUGGCGUGUUCUUCGCCAAGGACGACAUCGGCAUCAGCGGUGUCAUUGGCUCGGCGGUGUUCAACAUCAUGUUUGUCAUUUCGGUUUGUGCCCUCUGCUCUGGCACCGUUUGCCAGCUGAACUGGUGGCCGCUCGUCCGCGAUUGCUUCUUCUACUGCGUGUCCAUAUUGGUCAUGCUGAUAAUAAUCUUUAAUGAUGUCAUCUCUUGCUUCGAAUCUGUUUUUAUGCUACUGUGUUAUGUGGGCUACUGCAUUGCCUUGCAUUUCAAUACGGAACUGGAGCGCUGGGCCUUGAGCCUGAAUUUGCCCUUUAAGCUGCCUAGCAAGGAGGAGCAAUCGGCAUUGGUCACCUAUAAGAAUGUGCCGGAAAGUUCCUAUACACAGGGCGGGCAGCCAAAGGAGGCCGAGACAAGUGCUCAGCAGCAGCAGCCGCAGCCAUCGACCCAGGGCGACUAUCAGAGCUACAACGAUCCCAAUGCCAGCUGGGAUCCGAAUGCAGCUUGGGGCGACGAGAGUCAGAGUCAACCGCAGGCCAUGACCAUCAGUGCAAAGCCGAGUCAGCCGCCGGUGGACGAUUGGGGCAUGAGUCAGUUUACGCAGGGCCAAGGUCAAGAGAAUCUGGCCUACAAUGCCGAUCAACCGGAGUCUGUGGUCACAGGCGAGGCAGCAGCCACAUCGGCCAAACCUCAAGUGGCAGCCAAUCCGGCCGGAGUUGACUACUACAAGUCGACGGACAAGCAACGCGAGCCACGCCCCGAUCCAUUGGUGCGACCCACAGAGGGCGGCCAGCCAGCCCUGAUUGCCUGGUAUGUGGUCUACCCCAUACAUUAUCUGUGCAAGAAGACCAUGCCGGAUUGCCGACAGCCGCAGUAUCGCAACUGGUAUCCGUUCACGUUUCUGCUGUCGAUGAUUUGGAUCUCGUUUUACUCGUACUUCAUGGUCUGGAUGAUAACAGUGAUUGGAUCCACGCUGGCCAUACCAGACACAGUGAUGGGUCUGACGUUCGUAGCUGCUGGCGUUUCUGUGCCUGAUGCCCUAAGCUCAAUAGCCGUUAUCAAAGAGGGCUACGGCGACAUGGCCGUUUCGAAUGCGAUUGGCUCGAAUGUCUUUGAUAUACUAGUGUGCUUAGGUCUUCCAUGGUUCAUACAAACGGCCAUUAUCAAACCCGGCUCGCACGUCAAUGUUAUAUCCAAGGGUCUGGCCUAUUCCACACUCUCGCUCUUCUCCACCGUUGUCUUCUUGAUACUCUCAACGCAUUUGAAUGGCUGGAAGUUGGACAAGCGUCUGGGCAUAAUACUCAUGCUCUGGUACCUAUUUUUCAUAACGCUGGCGUCGCUCUAUGAGAUGAACGUCUUUGGUUACAUGAACCCACCAGAGUGUCCCAGCACGUACUAAACAACUGAUUGCCAUACGAUCAUCUUUCCAUAAAUAGCAGACGCACUUAGACUCGCAUCACCAGCACCAAUUACGAGUACCAUAUACAAAGACAUACCUAUAUAUAAAUAUAUACAUACAUACAUAUAUAUACAACUGGUAUAUACAAAGCCAUCAAUCCAAUAAUCAUAACUAUAGUAAAGAGCAAGGUGUCCCAGUAAGAAAAUUAUAUAUACAUACAUAUGUAUUUCAAGUAAAUAUUACUCAAACGUGCGUUUUACAUGGAUUUUUACAUGCACCAAAAUGAAAAA